UAAAAUAAAAUGCCAGUAUCGAUAUUCCAUUUUUGCAAGCGCUCUGGUCUUGGUAAAAUUUAAAAGUUAAAACCCUACUCUUGAAAAGUGUGCAAUUCUUCGUCUCUACCUUGGCCUGUCCGAUCUGCAACGGAUGCGGACUUAGACAGGAACAAGUUGCGUGGAAACCAAAACUACAACAAUCUUCUGCGCGAGGAGGUUUCAUUUCUUGGGGAGGCCAUAAACAACUGGCUUCGGUCCAGUAGAUCCACAGUUUUUCACAAUAAUUUGACAUAUUAAGGCGAUAAAGAUGAAAAACACGGAGCGAAUUGCGAAUUUCGCUUUAGCAGGUUUAUCAUUGGCUCCACUUCUUAUGAAAGUAGAUCCAAACCUAAAUGUUGUCUUGACUGCAUGCCUCACUGUGUUUGUGGGAUGUUAUCGCUCUGUCAAACCAACUCCGCCUUCUGAGACAAUGUCCAAUGAACAUGCGAUGCGGUUUCCCUUUGUUGGCAGUGCGAUGUUGUUAUCGCUUUUCUUGCUCUUCAAGUUUCUAUCUAAGGAUUUGGUGAAUGCUGUGUUGACAGCCUACUUCUUUGUGCUUGGGAUUGUGGCUCUUUCGGCAACAUUAUUACCAUCUAUCAAGCGGUUCCUGCCAAAGGAUUGGAAUGAGAACCUUAUUGUUUGGCAUUUUCCUUAUUUCCGUUCUUUGGAGAUUGAAUUUACAAGGUCACAGAUUGUUGCUGCAAUCCCUGGGACCUUCUUUUGUGCAUGGUAUGCUAGGCGGAAGCAUUGGCUGGCAAAUAAUAUUUUGGGUCUUGCUUUCUGUAUUCAGGGAAUUGAAAUGCUUUCUCUUGGGUCUUUCAAGACUGGUGUCAUUCUCUUGGCUGGACUUUUUGUAUAUGAUAUUUUCUGGGUCUUUUUUACUCCAGUGAUGGUUAGUGUUGCAAAAUCAUUUGAUGCUCCAAUAAAGCUUUUGUUCCCAACUUCAGAUUCUGCUAGGCCAUUUUCGAUGCUUGGCCUGGGUGACAUUGUUAUCCCAGGGAUUUUUGUUGCACUGGCCUUGCGUUUUGAUGUGUCUAGAGGGAAGGCACCUCAGUAUUUCAAGAGUGCAUUUUUGGGAUACGCUGUCGGCUUGGUUCUUACCAUUGUUGUGAUGAACUGGUUCCAGGCUGCACAGCCUGCACUUUUGUAUAUUGUACCUGCUGUAGUUGGAUUUUUGGCUGCUCAUUGCAUAUGGAAUGGUGAUGUCAAACAGUUGUUGGAGUUCGAUGAGUCAAAGACUGCCAGUUCAUCUAAAGAAGAAAGUGAUUCCAAAUCUAGCAAGAAGGUUGAGUGAGUGACAGUGCCUUCAAUACCGUAGAACUUCUCGUGUCAGGAGAUAUACUAUUAUUCUCUGGGGACCUCAUUGCCUUUCAAAGCUAACUUAUUCGGAAGAACGCCUCUGUAACAGAUUUUGUGAUCGAGAAAAUUAUUAGUAUUUUA